AUGCCGCGCCAAAGGCCCCCGUCGCCCAACGGCUUCUCAGACACUGAGCCUCCAAGUAGUGAGGUGGAAAGUGACUCUGCACAAGCAGAAGGUCAUGAGUCUGAGGCAAACGGGUCUGACCUUGCUGCCGAAGCUGGUGCUAGGAAACAUAUCGAACGCUUGUCGAAGGCUGAACUCAUUGCGGAGUUACAAGCAUCUCAGCUCCGCGAGGGUAAAGCCCUCAAAGACGUCAAAAGGCUUGUUGGCCAGGUCGCUGAGCUCAAAUUGAAGCUCAGGAAUAGGAAAGAACGUGGAAAGGAGGUCCCAGCAGCAAUCCUGGCCCGGUUAGACGAUAUCGCGAUGUGCGGACGCAAGUACAAUGUCAUGCACGAUCCGUGGCCGAAUGCCGAGUUGUUCAGCAGGGCACGACCGGAAGGUGAAGUAGUGCUCAUUGGUCCAAGAAGGUUCCUAUCGGACAAGAUGCGGGAAGCUGCCAUCGUGGAGGAGCUGUAUAUGUUCCUUCCGGAGAACUUACAUGAGAUGAUUGGGCCGGAAGGCCACUCGUCCUUCACUAAAGAGUUCCGGCAAAAAGGUGGUAACAGCCGGGCAUCGCUAGUCCACAAGCUGAGUACUCAGGCUGUCUCGAUUUUCAAAUGUCUCGGUGUCACCGAGAACCAUCUGGCGGAUGGCAAUGACCGAGCGAACUGCCCUGAACUGCAGCGACUGCUGAAGUAUGAUACCACAUCACCGAAGUACCCAUCUUGGCUGCCGGUACUGUUUGAAGGUGUCCCGCGGCACUUCCGAGAGAGCAAUCUCAAAUAUGUGUUUCGCAACAGGGCUUUAUUCAAUCUCCUUUGGUGCGUUCUCUGGGGCAAGUUACCUACAGGCUCUUCGAAUAAACCACGAGGAGGGCCGGACACGAACGGCAAGAAGUGGAAUGUCACGUCGAUCACGCCUGGUGCGAUUGCGUGGGCUGCCAUUGCGGCUAUAUAUCUUCUCUCUCCCGACACCGAGUUCUCUGCAACGGGAAAGACAACGCAUAUCAACUAUUCCGAGCUCUUCACAAGGUACAAGAACUCGAUUAUAGCCGGCAUGGACAAUCAAUCUGUCCAAGACACCAUAUCUAUGUAUAACCGGUUUCUCUUCUCGUCUGCUUUCAUAUCUCUUGAUGAGGUCAUGCAAACUGGAUCGGGUGAUGAGAACGGCGAGGACUUCGUCGAGGACUUUGUACGUGCUCUUGAUGCUGUCGAUCAGUCAGAGGAGGACGACAACGUCAAUGAUCUCGCGGCCGCCGUCGGACAGCGGUUGUCUGUCAUUGACCACGAACGUCCUGCGGAACCCCCUGAACACACUUGUCUGUCCCAGCCCUCAGUCUCUCCUCCAUCUCGAGGCACGGGAGUCAAUACCAGUCCCCCCGCUGUUGCGGAGCCUGAUCAGGGAGGGUCUUCCGGGCGGGCACACUCGACGCGGGGCAGCAAGUCGAAGCCGAGCUCCAAGGGCAAGCAAGCUGAGCCCGCUGAAUCAAACGCUCGCAAGACGCGGAGCACCAAGCAUCGGUAA